AUGGAUGGCUUGGGUUCUUCAUCUUUAUCUUUUAUUGUUGUUUUGGUUUUGGUCUUGAAUGUGGCAUUGUUCUGUAAUGGGGGCAAAACUAGCAGUUUUGUUAGAAAAGCAGAAUUAGGUGUUGACAUGCCUCUUUCCAGUGAUGUUUUUCAAGUCCCUCCAGGCUACAAUGCUCCUCAACAGGUUCACAUAACACAAGGAGACCAUGAAGGGAGAGGAAUGAUAGUGUCAUGGGUGACUAUGGAUGAGCCAGGUUCAAAUACAGUGAUUUACUGGAGUGAGAAAAGCACAAGAAGGAUGAAGGCUGAAGGACAAGUUUAUACCUAUAAAUUCUACGAUUACACUUCUGGCUACAUUCAUCACUGCACCAUUACGAAUUUGAAGUACAACACCAAAUAUUACUAUGUAGUUGGGAUUGGGCACACCAGGCGAAAAUUCUGGUUUUUAACUCCUCCUCCUGUUGGCCCAGAUGCUGCAUAUACAUUUGGUAUCAUAGGGGAUCUUGGUCAGACUUAUGAUUCAAAUUUAACACUUACUCACUACGAAAGGAACUUUCAACAAGGAAAAACGGUGUUGUUUCUUGGAGACCUGUCUUAUGCAGAUAGGUAUGCCAAUAACGACGGUGUGAGGUGGGAUACAUGGGGAAGAUUUGUAGAGAGAAGGGUUGCUUAUGAACCGUGGAUAUGGACCGUGGGAAAUCAUGAAAUUGAACUUAACCCAAUCCUUAAUAUUGAGACGACACCGUUUAAGCCUUACACUCAUCGGUACCAUGUUCCACAUGAAGCAUCAAGCAGUAUUGAUCCAUUAUGGUACUCAAUCAAGAGAGCUUCAGCAUACAUAAUUGUCUUGUCUUCAUAUUCAGCAUUUAGCCCUUAUAGUCCUCAGUGGCUUUGGCUUCAAUUGGAGUUACAAAAUGUCGACAGGUCUCAAACACCAUGGUUGAUUGUUCUUAUGCAUGCUCCCUUGUACAACAGCUACUAUGAUCACUACAUGGAAGGAGAGCCCAUGCGAGUAGUGUUUGAGCCCCUUUUUGUUCAAUUUAAAGUUGAUGUCGUGUUUUCUGGCCAUGUUCAUGCUUAUGAACGAUCUGAACGUGUAUCGAACAUUGCAUACAACAUCACAAACGGAGAUUGCACUAUAAAAAGAGAUCAAUCUGCCCCUGUUUACAUUACCAUUGGUGAUGGGGGAAUCUCGAAGGCCUGGCUACCAAAUUACUCAGCAUAUCGUGAGGCCAGUUUCGGUCAUGCCAUUUUCGAUAUAAAAAACCGAACUCAUGCUUACUAUAGUUGGCACCGUAAUCGACAUGGAUAUUCUGAAGAAGCUGAUUCCAUGUGGUUUUAUAACAGAUAUUGGUAUCCCUUUGAUGACUCCACUGCAAGUAUCCAAUCAUCCAUGUGA